GGAGUUCAAUUUUACUUUUAUGCAAGCUAUUUGUAACAACGCAGAGAUGUUUAAUAAUGAAAUUGGAUACAUUGUACGUAAGAAUUGUAGUUUUCAAUAUAAGGAGUGGAGAUGUGUACCUUCGACAGUUAGGGCAUCGCUUCAUCACAAACUUCUUACUGUUUUUGAUAUCAACAUUGAGGAUAAAAAUAUCCAAAAGGUUAUCGAUAAACAAAUGCAACGAGCUUGGAGAGGCCACAAAUAUAAGCUACAUGCUUACUUUAAAGAAAUUGGAGGAGAGAAAGAUCCAAUUAAGGCCAAAAGUAAGCGCCAUGAGGAAGUGAGCCAAGAUGAUUGGGAUUACCUUUGUGAUCUUUGGACAAAUCCUGUUUUUAUGGAACGAGCACAGAAGAAUGCCAACUCUCGUGCAAAACGAAAGUGGGAAUCUAGAAAUGGUUCGAGGAGUACAGCGCGUCAUCACGUUGUUCGUGGAGCUAACUUGGAUGGCCCGAUAGGACAUAUUGAGACUUGGCAUCUUCGACAUUGGCAUUCCGAACACGAUUGGUCAUCUUCAGAGUUAGAGGCUAAAUAUGAACAAAUGAUGCAGUUGAGGCGAGAUAAUUCUCCAGAUAAAAUGACUGAUAAGGAUAUCUUAGAAAAGGUUCUUGGACGACAAUCUGUUCGCUUGUUUGGUUGGGGGCGAUCUCCUAGUACUUUCGGGACAACAUGCACUAGUGAGGAGUCUAGUCGUCCAACUUACAAACAAUUGGUUAAUGAUUUGAACAGGUACAAAUCUCUUUUUCAAGAGCUCCAGGGAGACGUGAACAUGUUACGGCAAGUAUUGAUUGAAAAGAAUAUUAUGCCUCCUCCGUCUACUGCGCAUGUACCAUCGGAUUAUAGUUCAGGACGAUCUCGCCUCAAUCCAUCCCGUCUCGACCCAUCCAGUUCUAGCCCUUCCCUCCAUUCUACUGAAGAGGAGUUUGGCGACGAGAUUUAAUAAUUUGUUUUAUGCUUUUUUUUCAAGAAUGUUUGAACUUUUUAGGUGACUUUAUGAUUUUAUGCUUAUUUUGUGACUUUAUGACUUUUUAUGUGCGUAUAUGUUUGAACUAAAUCGUAAUAGAUGACUUUUUA